AUGGCCGCUAAUAAGACCAAUAAGCUCGCCUUUCUGUCUAUGCCAGCACCGGCCUCCUAUGUAGCUGGUCUUGGGCGAGGUGCAUCUGGUUUCACCACUCGUUCGGACAUUGGACCAGCUCGAGAGGGUCCGUCUGCAGAGGUCAUCGCCGAGGCGCAAGCAAGGCGAGGCGAAGAGCCCGAAAUCGAUCCUGAACAGUUCCAAGACCCGGACAAUGAAUAUGGCCUCUUCGCCGGAACCACAUAUGAGGCUGACGACGAGGAGGCGGACAACAUAUAUGAGCAAGUGGACCAGAACAUGGACGCAAGGAGGAGAGCUAGAAGGUGCGUAGAAGCCCUCGAGAAUGCAGAGCUCGCGAAGCAUCGUGCUGAGCGCCCGAAGAUUCAGCAGCAGUUUGCCGACCUGAAGCGUGGUCUUGCGGUGGUGACAGAUGAAGAAUGGGAGAACAUCCCUGAGGUGGGCAAUCUCACCAGGAAAAAGCGUAAAAGGGACGAGAGGUCAUUCGUUGUGCCCGACAGCAUCAUUGUCGGAGACAGGUCCAAGGCCGAGUACGAGAACUCGUUGGACGGGCGACAACAAGCGGCUGGUGGCUUUGAGACACCCGCAGAUAGCGGGACGCUGACGAAUUUCGUCGAGAUGGGACAAGCCCGUGACAAGAUCUUGUCCUUAAAGUUGGAUCAGGUUUCUGGGACCUCUACAUCAUCGGGUCUCUCGACCUCGAUAGACCCCAAGGGAUAUCUUACAUCCCUCGACAGUGUUGUCCUCAAGACGGAUGCCGAAAUUGGUGACAUCAAGAGGGCGCGAAUGUUAUUCGACUCUCUCGUCAAGUCAAACCCGAAGCAUUCACCAGGCUGGAUAGCAGCAGCCUGUCUGGAGGAACACGCGGGACGAAUGGUCGCAGCGCGGAAGCUGAUUAAGGCAGGGUGCGAGCAAUGCCCUAAGAGCGAGGAUGUAUGGCUCGAGGCAGCCCGUUUGCACAGCAACGACGAUGCGAAAGUCAUACUGGCAAAUGCUGUCCAACAUGUGGGACAAAGUGUCAAGAUCUGGCUUGCUGCUGCCGACUUAGAGCACGACAUUAAGGCCAAGAAGCGGGUUCUCCGGAAAGCUCUUGAACACAUCCCGAACUCUGUCCGACUAUGGAAGGAGACGGUAAACCUCGAGUCCUCCCCAGUCGAUGCUCGCAUCCUCCUUUCCCGUGCAGUCGAGGUUAUCCCGCUUUCCGUCGAACUUUGGCUAGCCCUCGCGCGACUGGAGACACCUGAGAAGGCGAAGGCCGUCCUCAAUAAGGCGCGCAAGGCAGUACCUACGAGCCACGAGAUCUGGAUUGCCGCUGGCCGACUCCUGGAGCAAGAAGCGCACGUACCUGGCAAGUCUAACGAGGAGCGCGACAAGGAGUUGGAGGUGGUGGACAAGACCAUCGAGGCCGGUGUGCGCCAGCUGCGUCACCACCAGGUGCUCCUGACGCGCGAGCAGUGGCUGAAGGAGGCAGAGCGCUGCGAGAACGAGGGUUCGCCGAGGACGUGCGAGGCAAUCAUCAAGGCGACGGUCGCAAUGGAUGUGGAAGAGGAGGACAGGCUGGACACAUGGAUGAGCGAUUCAGAAAGUGCCGAGUCGAGGAGCAACGUCGGCACGGCGAGGGCAAUUCUCGCUUAUGCGCUCAAGGUCUUCCCAGAUAAGCGGACGUUGUGGCGAAAGGCUGCCGACUUGGAGAAGGCUCAUGGGACAAGAGAUUCGCUCAGCUCUAUUCUCGAGCGUGCUGUGCACCACUGUCCCCAGGCGGAGGUUCUCUGGCUCAUGUGGGCCAAAGAGAAAUGGCUUGCGGGAGAUGUCCCUGCAGCGCGUGAAGUGCUCGAGCGGGCGUUCGUCGCGAACCCCGAAAGCGAGCAGAUUUGGCUUGCCGCUGUCAAGAUAGAGGCCGAGAACGGCGAGCUGGGUGUUGCGCGCGAGCUUCUAGUUCGUGCGCGAACAGUCGCAGAUACACAAAGGAUUUGGAUGAAGUCGGCUGUCUUCGAGCGACAGCAGGGCCAGAUCGACAUGGCACUGGAAACACUCGCUACCGCUAUCAGAAAGUACCCCAAGUUUGCGAAGUUAUACAUGAUACAGGGUCAGAUCCACCAAGACCGAAAGGAGUACUCCGCCGCCCGUGCAUCGUAUGCAGCGGGUAUCAAACAAUGUCCGAAGGAUGUCACCCUUUGGAUCCUCGCAAGCAGAUUGGAAGAGGCUGAUGGAAGGAGCAUCAAAGCCCGGGCGCUUCUUGAUAAGGCGCGACUCGCUAACUCUGGCAGUGAUGUCCUAUGGGCGGAAGCGGUCGGCGUGGAAGAGCGUAGCGGAGGUGCUGCCCAGGCGAAGACCGUGUUGGCUCGAGGUCUGCAAGAAUGCUCGACAUCAGGCUUGCUCUGGUCCAUGACCAUAUGGGCCGAGCCAAGACCCACGCGAAAGUCCCGUUCUGCGGACGCAUUGCGGAAGUCCGCGGAUGACCCGCUGAUCCUGUGCACCGUCGCUCGGCUGUUCUGGACAGAGCGCAAGAUUGAGAAGGCACGCCAAUGGUUCGAGCGUGCGAUCGCCGCGAACCCUGACCUAGGUGAUAAUUGGGCAUGGUGGCUCAAAUUCGAGAGGCAGCAUGGUGUUUCAGAACAACAGGUGGAAGUGGUCAAGAAGUGUAUCGCUGCGGAGCCGCACCACGGAAUGACUUGGCAGUCAAUAGCGAAGGCCAUGAAGAACGUGGGCAAGAGUACAGAAGACAUUUUGGAACUCGUCGCCGCGGCUUUACAUUGA